UUAGUAAAUUCUGUAUCAGGUUGGUCAGUAAACGUUUUCAGUUGUAUUUUAGUACCUAUUAAAAAAUGCGAUUAUUUAUAAAUAUCACGAAAAGCGUCGUAAUCAUUACGUCUUUGCGGCAUUUGAAGUAUCUGGUUACCUUUUUAGUACUUAUGAAUUUUGUGAACGCUCAGCGUAUCAAGGACGACAUGUACACCUCGAUCAAUGGAGCACAUUGCUUUCGUCGAUUAAACGGAACACAUGUUACAGGUUGUAGCUCGGAACUGGGUGGGUCAGUAGGCGUUUUACAUUUCGUGUAUUCUACCGCCGAUAUUGAUUUUGUCACCGAACAACAUCCGGCUCCUCCGUAUGCCCCAGUUAUUCCACCGCAUUUGUUCACAAGAGAGCAUAUUUUGCGAUUGCGUGACCAUGGAAGAAAACAUAUAUCGGCAGUGAUAUUGAUUAACAACGCAACGAUGUUGGAUAAUUACAGUCAAGAAUCACGGUGCCCUAAUCAAUUUAGCGGGUUGAUUAGUCCAACCGAAGAUGACGAGUCUUGCCGUGUCGAUCAACAAGAAAAAAGUUGGAAUCCGUGGGGAACAGGAUUGCUUCUAGAAGACUUGCCAUUUCCAAUUUAUUAUGUUGCGGAUCCAGAUGAGAUUGCUAAGCUGUAUGAUUGUUUUGAGAAAUUCAACAAUUAUGAUCUGAGUUACCAACAUAGUAGAAGUUUAUGCAGUAUCCAAGUAAACGCUUUCAUGUCAGCCGCUGUGGACUCUCGCGUUUGCUUAGCGAGAUCGACUUUUUUCAACACGUUGAAUCCAGUAAAAUUUUGUGAUCCAUUACAAGGGAAAAAUGUUUUUGCUACUCUCUUCCCGCGUGUUCAUGUGAAUCUAGAAGACCGAAAGGUAGAUUUAACGGAGAGAUUCAUUCUGCUGUCUACUAGAAUGGACACAACGACCAUGUUUGACGGAAUCGGUCUUGGAGCGAUGGAUUCGCUAGUACCUUUCGCAGUUUUGAUGGCAAUUGCACAUUUCCUGGCCAAAGUUUUUCCGCAACGACAAAAUUUAACGGACACAAAUGUUUUGUUUGUUUUUUUCAACGGAGAAUCGUAUGAUUAUAUUGGAUCGCAAAGAUUUGUGUAUGAUCUACAGAAAGGAGCUUUUCCUACCAAAGGUGGCUUAUCUAAUCCAAUAUCAUUGAACAAUAUCGAUCUAAUGAUUGAUUUUGGAACUAUGGAUGAUCUUAAUAAUCUCAAGUUAUAUCACGCAUCGCAUUUGUCGGAGGUUCCUCGAAUAAGCCGGAUUAUUGAGCGUAUAAACUUGUCUUUAGGUUUCAACGUCAAACUCGAUAGUCCUACAUUAACGAAAAACUUACCACCAAUGUCAUCGCAUUCAUUUCUUCGAGAAAAUAGCUCAUUUCCUGCAAUAAUGUUAGCAUCUGCACCAGGAAAUCAUUUCUAUCAUUCAAUAUACGACGAUAAUGAGAAUUUGAAAUUCAUGUACGGAAACCAUUCAAAAGAAGUCGAUUUCACACAGCUAGAAAACCUAUCACAACCAAACAUGUACUUUUCGAGGGAUUCAAUACAGAUUCGGAUUCGCAAUAUGUCAUCUUUGCUGGGAAUGAUGAUAUUUGAAUUGAUCUCCGGUACGCCUUACGCAACGCAUUUUGGAACAAACAGUAUUCUAAUCGACGAGUUUUUAUACUGUUUUCUGCAUUCGGCUGAUUGCCCUCUGUUUAACGCAGCCGCGAAGCCAGAUUCGCCUAAAGCGUUUCCCGUACCACCAACUCGGUAUAUAAGUGUUCAUUCUACACUUCCUUCUGAAGCAUCUGGGUGGAUACACCGACUGCUAGGUCUUUUAGUCGGACAAAUAGCAGACAAGAACACUAAGGCUGAUUGCCAAGCACUGCAUUUGCCAUACAAUUGGUAUGCCGGUUACUCUGGAUUAGGAGAAUGCCGUUUGACUACACAGAACUUCAGUCAGGCUAUGUCACCGGCAUUUUUAAACGAUAGCUAUGAUUUUUCCUCCGGGCGGUAUUCCACGUGGACUGAAUCGACGUGGCGUGAAAUGUCGGCACGAAUAUUCCUGCGACCAUCAGCAUCCCAUGAGACCCUCACGCUGUCUAUCGGAUUCAUUGUGAUGGUGCUUUCUUUUGUGCUAGUAUUUUUCAUUAGCAGCCGUUCAGAUGUACUGUUCAAUCAGACUGCAUCAACAAUUCCCAUUGCACCGCCCACACAAUGUUAAAUGUCUACCAUUGAGCAACUAAAAUGCGAUUCCGGUGAGCUGUUUUCUAUUUAACCCGUAUGCACUGCAAUUCAGGAAGCUUUGAUUUAUUCUGAAUUAGUUUUGUAAACUACAGAAUCAAAAAUAAUAAAACGUGACUAUUUCUAACUCAUUAUGCGAGAUAAAAAUAUGAAUGCUGU